ACGCGGCGCGCGAGCGCAACCAACUGCUGGCCAGCCCGCCCAUCAUCGGCCGUGUCUCCGACGCCACUUCCCUCCCCGCCCGGAUCGGGCUCGCCGGCACCGCCCAUGGCGUCCUCCUCUGCGCUGCUCACGGGGGAGCGCCUCGUCGUCUUCCUCUUCGCCGCGCGCGUCGCGCUCGCUGCCCCGGCUCGCCUCGCGGCCCCGCUCGCGCUCCUCGCGGGGGCCGCCCUCGCCGUCGAGCUCGCGGUGGACCGCUCCGCCGCGGCCCCUUCCUCCCCGCUCCGCCGGUUCAGGACAAGGCCAGGUGCUUCAUCAGGCAUUCUUCUUGGCGCAACUACUUUGCCUUGUGUCAUGCUUGCACGGUUAAUCCAGCUUUCGAGGAUCUUACCGACAGAUCCUAAUGGAGCACAAGAAUUUGCAUACCUCGAAAUGCAGUAUUGGGCAGUAUCCAUCAGCUGUGUCAGUGUGCUGGCUUUCUUCCUUUGGCAUCUACGUCAGUCUGCCAACAAUGAGAUUUCUAAAACUUUGAAAUAUGGUUCAUUGAUGGUAGUUUUAUAUCUAGUGACAUUCUUGCUGUUCUUCCUAGUGAAGACUGAUGGAGGUCUGUUAGCGAUGACCAAAAAUGGGUAUCUGCUCUGCCAUGGAGUGGCUGCUGUGAUCUUGAUCAAGCACAUUCUAGAGAAGUUCCCUUCAUGUUCAUCUUUUGGGGAGGGACUUCUGGUGUCAAGUGGUCUCGUUGUUUACUUCGGUGAUAUUCUGGCUCGUACUCUUUCAAAGAUGGAGUUCUCUGCAUCACCAGGGGCAUUCAUACACACACCUGGAACUCAAAGCGAGAUAGCCACCGUUAUUCAGGGUUUUUUGCUUGGUCUCUUUCUACUUCCCUUGCUGUACAAAAGUUCUCUUCAAGUUUGGGUUUACUGUCGAACAUUGGGCAAGCAACGAACACAAGCAAUUGAGAAACGAGUAGAAAAAAGAGCAGGCUCUGCUGUAUUUUAUGUCUCGUUGUUGUUGGUGUUACUGUUCUUAGUGCCGUCAUGGACGCGGCUUGUUCAAGGUCUUGAAGUCCAUCCGUUUGUUUGGGUUCUUAACUACAUGUUCACCAAUUCAGAUGAACGGCUUCUUUUAUGCGCAUACUGGAUAUUUGUCAUAUGUGUAUCAAUUAGAAGGUUCUACAGUAUAUCAAAGCAAAGCAAAACAGAGAGAAUUCUUUUGCGCAAGUAUUAUCAUCUUGUUGCUGUCCUGAUUUUCUCUCCUGCCGUUAUAUUUCAGCCUGCUUUCUUGGACUUGGCAUUUGGUGCCGCAUUUGCUCUUUUCUUAAUACUGGAGAUGAUUCGUGUUUGGGAAGUAUACCCUCUUGGGCAUACCAUACAUCAAUUCAUGAACGCUUUCACUGACCAUCGCGAUUCUGAGAUUCUAAUUAUUAGUCAUUUCUCACUCUUACUGGGCUGCGCACUUCCUAAGUGGAUGUCAUCUGGAUUCAAUGAUCGACCCCUAGCCCCUUUUGCUGGAAUUCUCAGCUUAGGGAUAGGUGAUACAAUGGCAUCAAUGAUAGGGUACAAGUACGGUGUCCUAAGAUGGAGCAAGACAGGAAAGAAAACAAUUGAAGGCACGGCAGCAGGCAUAACUUCUGUACUGGCAGCCUGCUCAAUCUUGGUGACACUCUUAGCUUCAAGCGGAUACAUUCUUUCACAGCACUGGUUGUCACUUUCAUUAGCUGUGACUUUGAGCUUAUUACUUGAAGCGUAUACGACCCAGCUGGAUAACGCUUUCAUACCCCUUGUAUUCUAUAGCCUUCUAUGUCUAUAAAGCAAGAGCAACCUGUUAUACAUCCAACUGACCUUGAGGUCCUCUUUUUGGUUCCUGCUAAUAUAUAUAGUACAGCAAGGCAAUAGCUAGUCAUUUGAUCUCUUUGCCUCCUUGGUACUCCUUUGUACCACCUCUGAUCUAAAGUGUAGGCUUAGGUAUAAGAAUACGAAAAUAGAAUUAGUGAAUAUGGAGUACUUCAGUAGAGGACAUCUUUGGUACAGAUGAAGCUCUAUGCUGUAACUGUAAGUUUGUAACAGCAGCUUAUCUUGGAGUGGUUCCGUUCCAUCAACUCUUUUGAUCUUCUGUUGGGCGCAUCAAAAUACGAGUUGUAUGAAGUAAUGAUGAGUGUGGAUAUUAUGGUCA